AACAGAAACCUUAGCAAUCGAACUUGAAACAGUUGAACAUCUUUGUUACCGUACGCUAAUAUAAUCCUAGGAUAAAAUCAAAUCCCUUAUUUAUUAAAAAAAGAAAUAAGACAAAAAAAAAUUCCCUCUUUUUUGGUUUUUAGUUUCUUCUUUCGUUUUACCAUUAACAAAUAAAGAUUGCAAAUGGGAAGCACGGCAGUCGAGAAGACAGCGGAGGAACUCCAGCGAGAGAUCGAUGAGCCCCAUCGCCAACAGCGCGAGAUUACUGAGAGACUGAGGGAUCCUCGUGGGCUCCGAAGGGGAGGAUUAUCAGGUAUCAGUCCUCGUAACUUCGCCGCCAAUGGUGUUCGUCAGCGAGGCUUUCUUGGACCUGCGGAUAGGACUGAUGUAGAAGACCAACCUCCGGCUAAGAGGCGAUUGUCGUCCGCUGUUGUCAAGGUGGAAGAUGGGGAGAUUAUUGACGACGCUGAAGGAUCUGGCAUAAUUAAUGAGAGUGAUAGACGGAUAUCAACUUUGCAGCAGAGUGGUUGGUCUAGAAGGGAUGGAAAUCAAAGACUAGUGAAGAAGGAUGCUGAAGCUCCAAUUGCAGAGCAUGUUCCAAGAAAUUUGCCCAAGGAUGAGGAUCCAAGCUUGAUUAAUAGGAAUAAAAGAAUGUUGGGGCAACUUUUAGGGACUUUGGAGAGAUUCAGGAAAGAAGAUAAGCAGCUUUCAGGGAGAGAGCCAUAUAUGCGGAGGUCAAACUCUUUGCAGAGAGCUGAGCAAAGAGCUCGUGAAGAAAGUGAAAAGCUGAGGCAACAGGAGCGUGAACAAAUUGCAGAAAAGAGGAGGAGAGAUCUGACUCUUAGGGCUCGUGUGGCUGCCAAGGCAGAAGAAAAGAAGCUGGCGUUGUUGUUUCUUCAGUGGAGUGAGCAUCACAAAAAGAUUAACAAUUUUAUAAGGACUAAAACAGAGCCUCCAAUAUAUUAUUUGCCAACUAAACCGUUGGAUGAAGAUGCUACCAUCUGUAAGCAGCGAAAAGAACAAGAAUUUUUAGAAUGGAAGACAGCUAGGAAAGAGGAACUGUCUGAAUAUCAGAAACAGAUUGGAGAACAUUAUGUUGCCAAUGUUGAAAAGGAGUUGGAGAGGUGGCAAAAUGCUAGGAAAGCUUGGAAAGGAAACAAUGACAUGAACCUGCAAGAAACAAUGGAUAAAGAAUUGGAUACCCAUAGACUUGAGCAUGGACCAAAGAAGAGAAAGAUACCUGGUGGAAACAAUGAGGAUGAGGAGGAUGUAGAAGAUAUAAAUGUUGGGGAGGAUGAUCUGAUGGAUGAUGCUCUAGGUGUUGAUGAUAAUGGUAGGAGGGGAGAUGAGACAGCCAAAGAUGAGGCCGAGCCUAACAGCACUAGUCCACCCCCUGAUAAUGCCGAUCAGCAAUGAAUGUAACCAAUUUCGUAGGUCAAUCUUUGAGAGGUUUGUUUUGUUUUUUCUUCUAGGUUUUGACAUGUUUCCUCUUUUUGUUUUCUCCCGCUCCUUGCGAAUUACAAGAUAGAUUUGAGAUGUUUUAGUGAACGGCCUAGUUAUGCCAAUUAUCAUUUAUCUAAACAAUAGCUGCGAGUUUGAAUCUAGAAAUUUGUGGAGGAUUAUCACCGUUAUCCAUGUGCAAAGUAUAUAUCAAGUUUUGAAGUUUGGGGUGUAUAAAUUUGAGGAUGAGCUUGA